AUGAUCAGUGGGGCAUCUCAAGCUGAUAUCGGUGUACUGGUAAUAUCUUCUCGAAAGGGGGAAUUUGAAACUGGAUAUGAGAGAGGUGGACAGACACGCGAACAUGUCCAACUUGCAAAGACUUUGGGAGUCUCUAAGCUGCUUGUUGUUGUAAAUAAAAUGGAUGAUCCUACUGUGAACUGGUCAAAAGAGAGAUUGAGGUUUGAUGAGAGACCAUUUCCUCCAUUGUUUGUAUUGUCUCUUCAGGGCCACAAAAGUUACGUCCCGAAUAUGAUCAGUGGGGCAUCUCAAGCUGAUAUCGGUGUACUGGUAAUAUCUUCUCGAAAGGGGGAAUUUGAAACUGGAUAUGAGAGAGGUGGACAGACACGCGAACAUGUCCAACUUGCAAAGACUUUGGGAGUCUCUAAGCUGCUUGUUGUUGUAAAUAAAAUGGAUGAUCCUACUGUGAACUGGUCAAAAGAGAGGUAUGAUGAAAUUGAGUCAAAAAUGAUACCAUUUCUGAAGGCUUCAGGUUACAAUGUCAAGAAAGAUGUUCAGUUUCUUCCAAUAUCUGGGCUUGUUGGUUCAAAUAUGAAUAGAAGAGUGGACAAAAGUGUAUGUUCAUGGUGGAAUGGUACCUGCCUUUUUGAAGCUCUUGAUGCCAUAGAAGUUCCGAAACGUGAUCCUAAAGGGCCAUUCAGGUAA